AUGGCUACCCAGCAAACUGCCACCAGCCGUCUCCUUCCCGGCAAGGUCGUUGUCGUCACUGGCUCGAGCCAGGGUAUCGGUCGUGCCAUUGCUAUUGCUGCGGCCAAGAACGGCGCCAACCUUGUCCUGCACCACCUUGGCGAGGCUACCGCCGCCGACGUUGCCGAGGUCCAGGACCGUGUGCACGAGGCGGGAGGCAAGACUGUCGCUGUCGGCGGUGACAUCAGCUCGCCCGCUACCGCGACGGCGAUUGUUGACGCCGCCGUGUCGACCUUUGGCCGCAUCGACGUCCUGGUGUCGAACGCCGGCAUCUGCCCGUUCCACGCGUUCCUCGACCUGCCCCACGACCUGUGGAAGCGCGUCCAGGACGUCAACCUGAACGGCGCGUUCUACGCCGUCCAGGCCGUGGCCAACCAGAUGGCAACGCAGGUGCCCCAGGGCGGCUCGAUCAUUGCCAUCUCGAGCAUUUCGGCCAUCAUGGGCGGCGCCGAGCAGACGCACUACACGCCCACCAAGGCGGCCGUCAAGAGCCUCAUGGAGAGCUGUGCCAUUGCCCUGGGCCCCAUGGGCAUCAGGUGUAACUCUGUCCUCCCAGGUACCAUCGAGACCGCUAUCAACAAGGAGGACUUGGCCAACCCCGUCAAGCGCGCCGACAUGGUGCGCCGCAUGCCCAUCGGCCGCCUGGGCGAGCCCGACGACAUUGCCCAGCCCGUCAUCUUCUUCGCGAGCGACAUGGCAAAGUACUGCACGGGUGCAAGCUUGCUGGUCGAUGGCGGCGCCGCCAUCUCGCUGCAGUAG